AAGGACUGCGCCAUCCUCUCUACACAAGGGCAGCGCCUGAAUUGGCGCAUUGUGGCCUAAUCAAUGGUUUUAUUGGAUUACUGGCUGAUUCUCUCCUCAGAGAGGCUGUAAUGGGACAAUGGGCCUGACAAGCUAAACUCCUCUCUCUCUCUGCCCUCCCUGCCUGCCCUCCCUGCCUGCCCACUGGGCUCCAGUUGCCCCCAUCUCUCCCCUUCUCUCCCCUUCUCUCCCCAUCUCUCCCCUUCCCUCACCCCUCGGAGGAAUGUUCUGCUGCAAAGCUCCCAGCUACUGACCAGCCUGCGACCCACCCAAGGGAUGUGGGACCUUUAGCCACAAGGGACCUGGGUGCUACAUGAGACCUGGGUGCUACAAGGGACCUGGGUGCUACAGGGGGACCUGGUGAGACCUGGGUGCUACAGGGGGACCUGGGUGCUACAAGGGGACCUGGGUGCUACAGGGGGACCUGGGUGCUACAAGGGGACCUGGGUGCUACAAGGACAAUUUCUCCACUUCUGGAUUUAACCACAUUUAUUCGCUGCCUUUUCUCCAUCUCUUUUCAAAAUAACCUCAUCAAUUGGGAGACAUCGCAAACAGAAGCAGAAAGUCCAAACAAUCAUCAGAGGCGACAAUUUGCCCCCGAGCGGUGUUUAACGAGAGAAAGUUGCGCUUUGCCGCAAGUGAUUGUCUCCCCUCUCUGCGCUCAAGAGACCAAUCAUUUGGCUGAUCUCUAUGCCUGGCUAAACUCCCCUUGAUUGGGGACAAACUCACACACCAACCAUUUGUGAUCUAAUAUAUUAUCCAAACAAUUUAGUGUAUUCAUGAGGUAACUUCAAUGUGCAGGCUCGAAAAUUACCCGUAAUCAAUGGCAGCAUCGUGCGAGCGACCUCUCCAUGAGCGGAACUGCGCGCAAUAAGGCAGCGCUCUCCCCUUAGUCCCGCACUUGGCGCACAGGCUGCCGGACACACUGGGGAUAAAGAGGGGCACCCCUUAGCAUUUGGGGGGGAUUUUAUUUUUUUGCCAUUUAUUUUCUUUUGGUGCCAACAGAGCCCACUCACCUGUGACCCCCCCCCCUCCAACCCAACCUGCGCUCCCCCUUUUGCGCUGAAUGUUUGAGAAGGCGAACAUAAUGGACGUUAGGUGCAAUAUUGAGGAGAAUGGACGGAUCCCCAAACCUGGGCACAAAGACGGUAAGGAGAGCAGGGAGAUCCAAGGGAAAAUGCCCUCUACUUACCUGAAGGAGCAGCCGGGCACCUACCCCGCCUCCGGGUCCUCGGAAGGUUGCGCCAAGAGCAAGAACAGCAGCGCAGUGGAUCCAGAAUACUGUAGGCGGAUUCUAGUGAGAGAUGCCAAAGGCUCCAUCCGGGAGAUCAUUUUACCCAAAGGGCUGGAUCUGGACCGGCCCAAGCGGACCCGAACCUCCUUCACUGCGGAGCAGCUGUACCGGCUGGAGAUGGAGUUCCAGAGGUGCCAGUACGUGGUGGGCAGGGAGAGAACCGAGUUGGCCCGGCAGCUAAACCUCUCUGAGACUCAGGUGAAGGUCUGGUUCCAGAACCGCAGAACCAAGCAGAAGAAGGACCAGGGGAAGGACUCGGAGCUGCGCUCUGUGGUGUCUGAAACGGCAGCGACUUGCAGCGUCCUCCGGCUCCUGGAGCAGGGCCGCCUCCUGUCCCCCCCGGGCCUGCCGGGACUCAUGCCCACCUGCGCCCCCGCCGCCCUCCGUGCCCCCAGCAGCUCCGGCGCCACCUCCCUCCCUACCGGCGCCCCCCUCAACCAGCCGAGGAUGCACCCCUCCCCCACCGGGCACAAUAUCUUCAACAUGCCUGUGCCAUCCCUACUGGGCACCGUGGCCAACCGGCUCUCCGCCAACCCACUGACAAUGGCAGGGAACCUGCAGGAACUGUCUGCCCGGUACCUCAGCUCCUCCGCCUUCGAGCCCUACAGCCGGAGCGGCGGCAAAGAUGCACUGGAUAAAAAGGUCCUGGACUGACUAUAAGGUGUAAUAUUAAUAUUUAUAGGGAUGUGGGCACAACCAUGCACCCUCACUCACUCACCUACACUCACUCACACUUACUCACCUACACUCACUCACACUUACUCACCUACAC